CGUGGGGCCGCGGUGUAUCAUGGGAAAAGGAGUCGUUAGCGGAUCAGUCGCAGCGUCGGUGAACGAGACGAGGACUACAGCGAGACUUUUCUUCAAAUAUACGCACAAAGACGUCGGUUUGUAAUGUCCGGAGGGAAGAUGCCGACCUGUCCUGCGUCCGCGUCCGAUGGCUUCAGCUCGACUCCUGUUAAAACCAGCCUGGGGAAAGACGUGCACACCUCCAGGGGCUUGGACGACGGUGUCCUCUCCGACGAAGAGGACACGUUUUCUCUGCUUUCUCCCAUCUAUCAUGAUAGUUUUGACAGCGAUGAGGAUGUGGAGGGCGGCCGGGCUCAGCAGAGCGACGACUCACCGCUCAGAUGUGAGCUACCAAGAACACGUUCAGAGCAGAUGGUGACUGCAGCUGUGGAGUCUGCAGGCUCACCUAAUCUCAGUGCAUGGGAAAUGUGGCUGGUGACCAAAGCCAAGGAAGAACGUCUCAAAUUGGAAAAGAAAGCAGAGGAGGAGCGGAUACUGAAGGAAAAGAAAGAAAGAGAAGAAAGGCAGCAGGAACGGAAAAAGCUUGUCAUGGAAGAGAGGAUCCAAGAAUGGCUAAAGAUGAAAAGAGAACAGGAAAAGUACAAGCAACUUGUAAACCAGAGCAAAGAGGAGGAGAUACAGAGGCAGCAGGAAAAACAGAGGGAGAUUGAAGAGAAAGCUCAGCAAAAGUACAAAAACUGGCUGCAGAAGAAGAACCAAGAAAAAAUGGAAAAGGAAAAGAAGGAGAAAGAGGAAGCUGCCCUGAAGGAGCAGCAGGAGAAAGAGCGCCGCACGAGGGCAGAGGAGAGGUUUAAGGAAUGGGUGGCAAAAGCCAAUGAAAAAUGCAGAGCGAGUCCCAAAUCACCUUGCUACCCAACAAGUCCCUACGACAAAUCCUACCCACCACCCAGCUUCUACAAUCCAAUCCCCUGGAAACCGAUUCCCGUCCCUCCUCCAGAACCGCCGAUGAACAAGACGUCUGGCAAGAAACCUCAGAAACAACGGAAAUGCCAGCAGAGCCUCAGCACUUCUUUUAGACUGAAAAACUCUACAGGACAGUUGGUGCAGAGGAGAUGACACAGCAGAUUGACGUCUGUGACUGAUACAGUAGCUUAGCUACGGCUCAAUUAUGAUUUCAGCACGACUCAUCCGCACCACCACAGCACAGAGACUCUGCUGAAUCACUGAUGUAUUGCUGUUAUCUAAUAUGGUUGUGGUAAUUAGACAUGCUACCAUAUGUAUAUUUUAGUUAUAGUUAUUUUUUGUUGUACACUGGAUUGAUUUUGUAAUGAUUAACUAGCUCAGAUUAGUUUAUAUGUAAGGAUGUAUUAAUAUUUGGGAUUUAGAAUUUUUACAUGACUUGUCAAAGAUGUUUAUAGUUUGUUCUGAUACUUGUGUGUCAACUUCCAUACCAUACAUAUGGACUCUAUGUUGUAUUAUAAAUUGAACUAUUUGAUAUAAAAGAGGCACAUUCAUUGUC